AUGGCUGCCUUCACACCCCUCUUCAUCGGUGGGCUAUGUGCGUUGCUUUUAUCAGCUGUACUCUAUGUUUUAAAAGUUUUUAAGCAAUCAGCUUUAAAUUUGCCUCCUGGUCCAUUUCCUCUUCCGAUCAUUGGGAACCUGCAUUUGCUGGACAUCAGAAGGCAAGACAAGUCACUAAUGAAGAUUUCAGAGAAAUAUGGCCCCGUGUUCACCGUCCAUUUGGGUUUUCAGAAGGUGGUGGUGCUGACUGGCUAUGAGGCAGUAAAGGAUGCCCUUCUGAACACGGCGGAUGUGUUUGCAGACAGACCAGCUAUACCCAUAUUCUAUCACAUCCAACAUGGAAAUGGUGUGUUCUUUUCUUCUCAAGAGCUCUGGAAGACGACACGGCGGUUCACCGUAGCCACCAUGCGGGAUCUCGGCAUGGGGAAGCAUCUUGGAGAACAAAUGAUGCUUGAGGAGCUUCACUUUCUCAUCGAGUUGAUCAAAUCCUUCAAAGGUGGACCUUUCCGCUUACGAUUUUUGAAUAUGGCUCCCACCAACAUCACCUUUGCUAUUCUUUUUGGGAGAAGGUUUGAUUAUGAAGACCCAACAUAUCUCACUCUAUUAAGACUCAUAGAUGAAGUCAUGCACCUUCUUGGCUCUCCGUUCUUGCAUUUAUUUAAUUUCUACCCAUUCCUUGGAUUUCUCCUCAAACCUCACAAGAUGAUACUGAAAAAAGUAGAAGAGGUGUGUGUGAUCUUAAAGAAGUGUAUCAAGGAAAGCAAAGGAAGUAUUAAUGAACACAACCUGACGAGCUACAUUGAUGCAUUGGUAUUCAAACAAGAGGAGCAAAAUAAAAGCAAUACGCUUUUUCAUGAUGAGAAUGUAUUGGCCUCUGCACUCGACCUGCUCAUGGCUGGCACAGAGACAACAUCCACGACAUUGCAAUGGGCCAUCCUGCUGCUGAUGAAGUACCCUGAGAUUCAAAAAAAGGUGCAUGCAGAGAUUGAGCAAGUUCUUGGCCCUGGCUGCUUGCCUACUUUUGCGGACCGGAAAAACAUGCCAUUUACCAAUGCAGUGAUCCAUGAGGUGCAGAGAUUUGUCACUCUCCUGCCACAUGUUCCACGGUGCACGUCUGUUGACACCCACUUUAAAGGCUACUUCAUCCCCAAGGGAACAACAGUGAUUCCUCUACUCACCUCCGUGCUGCUGGAUAAAACGCAAUGGGAGACACCGAAUGAAUUCAACCCCAACCAUUUCCUUGAUGCAGAUGGGAACUUCGUAAAGCAGAAAGCGUUCCUGCCUUUCUCCGCAGGGCGGAGAAACUGCAUUGGAGAAAGUCUUGCCACGAUGGAGCUCUUCAUCUUCUUCACAGGCUUGAUCCAGAAAUUUACUUUUAAGCCUCCACCUGGGGUCAAAGAAUCGGAGCUGGACACGACUGCAGAGGCUGGAUUCACCAUGAGACCCCAUCCACAGUGUGCCUGCGCUGUGCUCCGCCAAUAA